UUUGUCCUGUUUGAUGAAAGAAAGGAUGAGAAAGAAAGGAUCUCAGAUAAUCAAUCCUCAUUCUUAGGAAGAAUUCUUGUGGUUCCAAAGUAUCAACUAUGGGAGAGCCUGGAAAAUAGAGCUUUCCUUUUUUGGUAACUGGUCACUGCAAUCCCCUUUAUGAGAAGGCACCUCUUCUUACAAAGUUUUGUGUUUGUUUUGUUGAAUUCCUUAGAAUGAGGUCAUACUCUUACAUAUUCUUUCCCCUCCAAUCUAUUUUGGUUUCAGGUACAGGUACAGGUAUGUUCAAGGUCCAAUAUAAGCUCCUGUCGUGGGAAAAGCAAAAACAGUUUGAAAUGGAGAACAGUUGGGAAGAGAUGAAACCAAGAAGAUUGAAGAGAUAAACUAUAGGAAGGUUGGGUUCACCUUACCAAGUGAAACAGAGACAUGGAUGGAAUGAAUGCAAAUUUCAAGAAAAUAAUGCUACCGAAAGGCCAUGGGAACAGAAAAUUGAAGUAAGAGAAGAUAAUGGCAAGAAAUACAGAAAUUUAGGGAAGAAGAGAUUAGGUGUAUGGGAAAGAUGUAGCAAGAAAUUAGUUGGUUGGGCCCUUGGAAUAUUCCAAGAGGCACAAAUAUGUUUCCAUGAGCAAAAAGAAGAAAACUAUGUUCUAACCAAGAAAAGAUAAUCAUGAGACAAUUUUUCUCAACUUGGGAAUUUUCAUCUUUAGAAUAUGUGAAUUUUAUAGAGGGAGGUGGUGGCUGGUGGCUGUCUAGCCUAAUUUGGUAUAUGCGUAAAUUGGAUUGCAAGAAAUUCUCAUAUGAAGGCAUUCCUAAUCUACUUGUGCAAGACUAUAUUUAUAAAUUGAAUUGCAAGAAAUUCCCUAAAUGGAGGCAAUCCUUAUAUACUGGCAUAAGAAGGAAACAAAUCUUAGAAACCUCAUUUGUAUGGUCUUGGGCAAUUGGAGUUAGAGCUGAAAUUUUGUUAGCUAUUUAUUUAUAUGCUCAGGAAGAUUUUGGAUAGGAGGUGCUCUUGUGCUUGGAAUUCCAGGACCUAUUGGCCUUAAUCCCAGGCUAGUGAGCAGGCAGUGUUUCCAUGUAUUUUGAUGUUUGAGUGAUCCUUGUAUUCCACUACACCUAGGUUGCGCCUCCGUUUGUAAGAUCAACUUGAUACUGAGUUGGAGAUGCUAUGAGGAUUUGGAUGCAGAGAAGAGAGGAGAAGAAAGAAUAAAAGACAAUAGAAGAGAGAUGGAAAGGAUUGAGGUUGCCAGGCUAAAUGCAGAAUUGGUCCAUUUGCAAGAUUUGCUGGAUGAAUUGAAGAGUAUUGGAGGAAAUGUCAGUGGCCUCAGUGGCAGAAAUAGUAAAUCCUCCAAGAAAAGUACUGUUCCAGAUGACCCCAUUGACAUUCAGCGAAGGGAGAAAGUAAAAGAUGCUAUGCUUCAUGCAUGGAGUUCAUAUGAGAAGUAUGCGUGGGGACAAAAUGAACUUCAGCCACAAUCCAAGAAUGGUGUCAAUAGUUUUGGAGGUCUUGGAGCAACAUUAAUAGAUUCUCUUGAUACAUUAUAUAUAAUGGGACUAGAUGAGCAAUUCCAAAGAGCUAGAGUGAGUUUUAGCUUUCUAUUGUCGUCUGUCUCAAUUACUAGGAUUUUAUCUCUUUUUAAUGCAGCAGUUACAUGGUUUUACUUUUUCUCUCAUAGUACCAGAAAAAGCAUUAAGAAGCUUCCAUAGUUUA